AUGCCGCCUCUCCUAGCUCUUGCUACACGAUUUCCUGAUCGCAGACCCAACCAACUUCUACACGGGAAGUCAGAAUACGCCACGACAACCGCAGUCACCUUCAAGGACUGCAAGAGCCUCCAGGUCCACAGCUUCAUCGCCGCCAAGCUCGAGCCCGUCAUCGAGAAGAACAGCAACGACGGCUUUGGGGACAGAGCACCAGCGUCAACCACGCACGUACACGGGCUCACUAGACAGCCGGCAAGACUCAGCAUCUCGUCACACGCCGGUCAUGUACUUGUCCACUACCUGUACACAGGCGAGAUCCAGAUCCUGCCUGCUCUGGCCGAGCAGAUCAGAGGUCGUCCCCACCCGGAGUCACCACCGACCGCGAUCUCGGAGGAACUGAGUGACAAGCUGCUUCUCACCCUCACCGAGGACGUAAUGCUGAGCCCGUCGGACCAGAUGUUCCUGCACGCCGUGCUCAAGGCCGAGCGGUCCAACAGUAUCGAGAACAACGACGAGAGCAAGGACGACAACGAUGCCGCCAGCGACAAUGAGAAGCUGGACCAGAUCCGGGACACGCUCUUCCCGUUGCGCGAUGCUCUGUGCUCCGGGGUCUUGCAGGCGAGGAUAGACUCAACCUGGAUGACGUUCUGUUCGGACCGCAACUGGAUGCUUGCAUCGUACAGCCUCCUGGACGGCGAAACUGAGCCUGGGGCAACACUGCUGUGAGCCUCUUAGACCGCGUCGCGCGAUCCCUACAGAGAAAAUGUGGCUUCGGACAAAGGGAGUAACCCACGCGCGUUUGAAGUCUUGUCCAGACACCACUUGGUAUUCGCAGCGAUUGAGUGUCGUGGUUGAAAGGAGACACGGCUUGGGACACUGGGACGUCUAGGGUUUGGACGACGAGGCCAGUUUAGUCGAGACACC